AUGCCUACACUUACCUGGGUUGGUGAUAGUCCUCCUGCCAACACGGGCACAACGUUUGCCGUCCCUUGGGGACAGGGUCAAUGCUUCUCGGACUGCAGUAGUCUGUCUUGCUUCGAUCCGAAUGGGCAGCAACUAGCAUUGCAAUCAUGGAACACUGCCUACUGGCCGGAUGGCUCGGUCAAAUGGACCGGUCACGCAAUUCCGGGUAAACCCAAGUAUCCUACUAGCCUCUCGGUUGAUUCCACUCCUUCGCCGUCGGCUCCGACAGGAGGCCCUGCCGACCUUGACAAGACUAUACCACUGAUCAAGGUGGAUUCGGUAUCGGGCAACUUGGAAGUAGACACCGGGAAAAUCAAAGUAACGUUUUCGACCACGGGCGAGUCUAUAGUUAAAGAGAUAGUUCAUUUAACCACUGGAAGAAUCGUUGCUGAAAAUGGACACUUGAUUUAUCGGUACCAAUCGUCAGUGGCGACUGAUGAUGAGGCUUUUGAUAAUCGGAUCUCGCAACACAAUCUUAAGGGACAAAUUGAGAAGAUUGACAUUGAACAGGAUGGCCCUAUCAGAGUGGUAGUACGUAUUGAAGGGAAGCAUCAGCAACUAGCAUCCUCAGAACAAACACCGUUCUCCAAGUCUGGAUGUUUUCCCUUUAUCCUACGGUUCUAUUUUUACGCAAAUUCAGACUCGAUUCGGGUUGUACAUACCGUAAUCAAUGACCAAGAUCCACAAGAACAUUUCAUUCGAGGUAUCGGCAUUCGAUUCCACAUACCUUUAAAAGAUGAGCCACCAUUUGACCGACACGUGAGACUCGCCGGUGAAGAUGACGGAAUAUUUCAUGAAGCUGUGCAGAAUGUCACCGGACUCUGGAAAGAUCCCGGUCACGAUGUACGAGCCGCGCAGACUUCUGGCCAGUCAACCCCAGCUCCCGAACAAUGGAAUCCCGAAUUCAGGUCCAGUUUGCGAUGGGUUCCGCGGUGGAGUGACUUCACCUUACAGCAACUUUCCCCUGACGGAUAUACAAUGAAGAAAAGAACCAAAGAAGGAUAUAGCUGGGUAAACAUUUCAGGAGGCACGAAAGCCAGCGGGCUUGCCUAUCUUGGUGGACCGCAGAGCGGAGGUCUGGGUAUCGGAAUGCGCCAUUUCUGGGAAAGAUACCCUACCCAACUGGAUAUUAGAAAUGCGGAUACAGAUCUUGGAGAUAUUACUUUAUGGCUAUACAGUCCUGCAGCCGAGCCCAUGGACAUGCGUCCUUACCAUGACGGGCUGGGAGAAGAGACUUAUGAUGAUCAAUUGGAUGCGAUGCGGAUCACAUAUGAAGACUGGGAACCAGGCAUGGGAACACCAUACGGUAUAGCCCGGACAAAUGAAUUGUAUUUGUAUGCGUUCGAAGCUACGCCUAGUACGACGACACUAUCGACUAUUGUGAAUGAAAUGCGCAAUCCGCCUCUUCUUAUUGCUGACUCUAAAUAUAUUCAUGACACAAAAGCUUUUGGAGACUAUUGGUCACCGUUUUCAAUAUCGUCUCCCCCCGUCUCAAAAUCAAAGACUCAUCGAAUUCUGCAGAAUCUUGAAUUUUUAUUUGAUUUUUAUCAGAAGCAGAUCACUCAACGGCGAUGGUAUGGUUUCUGGGAUCAUGGCGACAUAAUGCAUACCUACGACGGAGAUAGGCACACCUGGCGAUAUGAUGUUGGUGGAUAUGCUUGGGAUAACUCUGAGCUAUCUCCGGAUUUAUGGCUGUGGCUUUACUUCCUUUGCACGCGACGACAAGAUGUUUACCGGAUCGCGGAGAGUUUAACUCGACACACCUCCGAGGUUGACAUGUAUCAUCUCGGCAAGUACAAGGGGCUUGGAACAAGGCACGGAGUUCAACAUUGGAGUGAUAGCUGUAAGCAGGGUCGGGUCUCCAAUGUGCUCUAUCGGAAGUAUUUCUAUUACCUGACUGGGGGUGAUGAAAGAACUGGGGAGAUUAUACGAGAGACACUUGAGGCCGAAAAAACAUACUUCACCCUUGAUCCAUACAGAAAAGUUCGCAAAGAUCGAGAUAGCGUGCCUUUGGAUCUUGAAAAAGGAUUUCUCAUCUCAUUAGGCACGGAUUGGUCGGCACUGGCGGCUGCGUGGAUGAUGGAAUGGGAGAGGAGAGGCUCAGAAUGGAACUUAUACCGAGACAAGCUGCUGAAUUCUAUCAAGGGUAUUGUCCGGCUGAAGAGCGGAUUUGUUACGGGCCAGGCACACUUGCAUAUACAAAGUGGGAAUAUUAGCCCACCUCCAAGCGAUCCGCAGAAUGCCGGCCAUGUACAGGUGGCCCAUUUGUCGGCCAUGUUUGGCCUUGUUGAGACAUGUGCAGAGCUACUUGAUCUGAAACUGCGUGAUCCCAAGAAACAGGCCAUACUAGACGAAUUUCGAUCCAGAUGGUAUGACUACUGCACGUACUACAAUGCAGAAAAAGGUGCUCAGAUAGCUCGAUACGGGGUGGCCUUUCCUAAGCUCAUACUCCGUCAGGGCCACUCUCGCUUGACUGCGUAUGUAGCCCGUGGAUUGGGAGACAAAGACCUUGCUCAGCGUGCGUGGAAGGAAUUUUACGAAGGAGAUGGAUACGCGCCAUUAUUACCAUGGAAAUCAGUGCACGUCUCAGGCAGUGAUGUCCCAGUUGCUAUUGAUGAAGCCAACUGGGUAUCUACCAAUAUCACGGCGUUGUACGGGUUGGCAGCCAUUCAGAAUUUGGCUUUUAUUGAACAGUAA